AUGGAGUCAACUUAUGCCCAUUCUACCACUACGAUUACUGCUACACGUUUAGGUGCCAAUUUGCGAAAUAUGUUCAUCAAUGUUAUUAAUCAUCGCGAGACCAACUUUAUAAUCACUUCAUUUAUCAUUUUUGCGGCUCUAUAUGCUUCCUUGACAGCAAUAUUUGAGAGAUCUUUACUUCAUCCUUUAACAAUUACUCGACAAAAACAACAAAUAGUUUACCACCCUCAAUUGGCAUUAACUCCUCAAGUAAGCAACCACACUUUGGAAGAGAAAACUCAUUUUGAAACCUUUCCAUUUUCUUCGCCUUUUAGGCAAUGUCGUCGACCUAACUCGUAUUUUUCUUUUUAA